AUGUCCCAAGGCAAACCCCUCCUCUCCCCCCACCACCACCACCGCCGCACGCACAACCUCCUCCUGAUCUCCAAGCUGCUGUCGCAGCACCACGCGCAGACCUCGCCCUUCACGCUGGUGCUCGACUCGCUCGAGCAGCCUGCGCGGCCGCUGACCAGCGAGUAUCUGCGGCGGGCGGCGCGGCUGUCCCCGGGGGGACGGGUGGGAAACACCGGCGGCGGCGGCAGUGCUGUGGUGGUGGUGUUUUUGGGGUUCGAGACGUUCGCGAGGCCCGCGGGUGCGGAUUACUUUGUGCCUUGUUACCAGUAUUGUGAGGAUGGGGGCCAGGGCCAGGGCCCGGGACAAGGACGGGGAGCGAGGGAAGCAGUGGGAGACAAGAUCGCGAGGGAGGUGGGUGAUGUGCUUCAACGGAGUGGAGGAAAGAGGUUCUUGAUCAUGAUUGAUUCCCUGACGACACUGGCGGCUCUCUCCCUACAGCAGACAUCGAAUCUCAACCUGACCGCGUUCCUUUCCUCCCUACUCCAGCCACCGGCACUCCAGACAAAAGGUGCAGAGCAGGGCGAGGGCCCACAGAUCUCAUUAGUCGCGGUUUACCACACCGAUGUCCCGUUACCGUCUCUGUCUCCCUUGGCCCUACCAUUUGCGGCGCUAUCAAAUGCGUACUCUCCUUCACCACUCUCACUCCUAUCAUACCUCGCCACAACCGUCAUCACGGUACAUUCACUCCCAAUCCUGCUCGCCGAAAAGUCUGCCCGUUCAAGAUCCCUCGCUGCGCCGUCCUUUGGCCUCCCAGAAGAAAUGGAGGGCGUGAUCGUAGGUUUGAAGUCAAAAUCUUUGACAAAGUUGAACCAGGAGGAGCGCGGUAUUGUGCUGGAACUGGAGCAUCGCAGGAGAAGUGGCCGAGGGGUCAGAGAGUGGUUCUUCUUGCCUACGUCUCGGACCGCGACAAAGAAGAGCGAUGGCCAGCCAUUUCGGGAGAUCGUCACGCUACUGGAUGACCACCCAUUGUUCCGCAAACCAGACGAGGAAGAGGCUGUGGAGGAACUCUCGGGCAUGACCUUCGAGUUGGGCUUGACGGAGCGCCAACGCCUCGAACGAGAAGGGGUUGUACUUCCGUAUUUCGACGCUCAGAAAGUCGGAGGCGGAGCAGGUGAGGGCGGACGCAUCUUGUAUGACAUGGGUGUAGAGGAUGAUUUUGACGAGGAAGAGGAUGAGAUCUAA